AUGACAAUAGAACACAUGAAAUACUUUGUACUGGACAGUACGCUGAAAUACUACUCUUCGGUAAGCCGUUGUGCUUCAGGCUAACAAACUGGUUCGCGGUGAGGGCGGGGUCACAACCUGUCAAUCAAACAAAGCUGACAGGUGUCCAAGAAAGUUUCCUAAGAAGAGCGAAAGAAAGGAGGAAAGAGUUAUGAGUGACAGCUGACCUUUAGGUGUCGACGCCCACCAGAGGAAUUCGUUAUCUUCUUGGUUUCUUGGACUAUUCGUACCUGCUUAAUUAGGCCACGUCCACCUCCUCCAUGUUUAAGAUGAAUUUUGCUUACCUUACCAAGAUCUGUUGUCAUGGCAACCUUCGCUCCUCGGGUCAUCUUUGUUUGUCUUUGCUGGAACUUCUGUUAAAAGGCAGGAGUCCAACAUCAGGAACAUCCUGUGUUUCAAGUCUUAGCUCCAAAAGCAGAUUUGUUUCCAGGCGUCUUCUCUGUUAAAAAGGAAAUUGGUGAAGGGAAGACCGUUACGUGCUUUUGAGCAAGAAAUUGUUGUUGAAUAACACAGCUGCCUGGUUGUUCAUCAUUAGCAUCGUCCCUUGCAGGCAUAAGCUGCACACUUCAAAAAUGUCAGGCAGCCUUUAGGUGUCUUGGAGGCGUCGCCCACAGCCACAAAGUGUGUAUAGCGAGAACCCACCCGACCUGCUGCACCUACCUGUACAUUUUCUGGCCUCAGGACUUUCUUUUGGACCCCACCCUCAAUCAGAGGUUUAAAAGGAUGUGUGGUGCCAGCAUAUUUUCAGUCUCUCCCACACAGACCACAUCAGCAUGGCCUCCUUCUCCAGCCGCAGCUACACUAUGUCCUCCCGUGUCAGCAACCUGGGCGCCGGCAGCGUCUACGGUGGCGCCGGUGGCUCUGGGGUACGCGUCUCCAUGGUCAAAGGUGGCGGCUUCAACCUCGCCAACGAAACGGCCGUCUCUGCCAACGAGAAGUUCACUAUGCAGAACCUUAACUCCCGGCUAGGAUCCUACCUGGAGAAGGUACGUAGGCUGGAAGAAGCAAACAGCGAGCUGGAGCUGAAGAUUAGAAACUUCUUGGCGAGCAAAAUAGGGCCAGCUGAGCAUGACUGGACCGCCUUCUUUGUUCGGAUCAAAAGCCUGCAAGAAGAGAUUCAAAAUGGCGCUCGUGCAAAAGCUGCAAUGAUCCUUAGCAUCGACAACGCCAGGCUGGCGGCCGACGACUUUCGUGUCAAGUGCGACAAUGAAGUUGCAAUGCGCCGAUCCGUUGAGGCCGACAUGGCCGGGCUGAAGCCGGUUUUAGACGAGCUGACCCAGAGUCGCACCGACCUGGAAAUGCAGGUGGAAGGGUUGAGGGAGGAGCUGACCUACAUGAAGAGGAACCAUGAGGAGGAUCUGCGCGCCGUUCGAGCGCAGUUGGGCGGCCAGGUCGACGUGGAGGUGGAUGCUGCCCCUCAGGAAGAUCUCUCUGCCGUCUUGGCCGGAAUCAGAGAACAUUACGAGAACGUCGCCUCAAGAAACCAAAGAGACUUGGAAAACUGGUUCCAGGCUAAGAUGGCCGAGCUCAACAAGGACGUGGUGACGAGCACCACGACACUGCAAACGUCCAAGUCUGAGAUCGGAGAAUUGCGAAGAACCGUGCAGACCCUGGAGAUCCAACUGCAGGCGGAGAUCAGCCAGAAAGGUGCACUGGAGGGAACACUGGCUGAGACACGUGGUCGCUACGCCAACAUAUUGCUAGGCUACCAGAGGCAAGUAGGGAUCCUGGAGGGGCAACUAACUCAGCUGAGAGCAGAACUGGAGAACCAAAAGGUGCAAUUUGGUGAGCUUCUGGACAUCAAGACCCGACUGGAGCUAGAGAUUGUUGAGUACCGCCGGCUGCUGGACGGCGAGAGUGCCAGAACUACCACUUCACGUGUCGUGACCAUCAUGAAAGAGGUCGGCACCUCAGAGAACUUUCGAAGCAGCUUCAAUUAAGUAGUGGAACACAUCCUGCUGGUGAACUGACCUUCAAUAAACAUGAAAUCUG